UGCGCCUUGAGUCUUGAACGUACAGUUGACAUGGAAAGACACGGCUUUUUGACAUUUAGCUUGAUAACGUGCUACUUAGCUACCUUCAGAUUUACACAGAUGCUGUCAGUUUAAAAGCAGCUUUCAUCGUCAAAACACAAUCUGUCAUUUUACCCUCUCAUAAAAUAUACCCAGGGAGGCUGAUAUUCAUCCCUCAAGUUCUCAGGGAUCCCUCAGCUUGCCCUGAUGAAAGCCGAGCAAGACGGAGACCUCCUUGAAGAGGACUCCCCUCAGGAGAAUGGAGUCCAGACGAACCAGUACAGCUCCAUCUCUCCUCCUGCCUCACCUGUGGCCCAAGACGAACCCUUCUCUACAUACUUUGAAGAUAAGGUGGCCAUUCCCGAGAAUGGCAACCAGGUAUUCAGUUUCCGUAAACUCUGGGCUUUCACUGGACCUGGGUUUUUGAUGAGCAUUGCUUACUUGGAUCCAGGGAACAUCGAGUCUGACCUGCAGUCUGGAGCUAAAGCUGGCUUUAAGCUCCUAUGGGUGCUCCUUGGAGCCACUAUCAUUGGGCUGCUGCUGCAGAGGUUGGCUGCACGCCUCGGGGUCGUCACUGGGAUGCACCUGGCUGAAGUCUGCAACCGCCAAUAUCCCAUAAUUCCUCGGAUCAUCCUUUGGCUCAUGGUGGAACUAGCAAUUAUUGGCUCAGACAUGCAGGAGGUCAUUGGCUGUGCCAUAGCUCUCAACCUUCUUUCUGUGGGCAGGAUUCCACUGUGGGGAGGAGUCCUCAUCACCAUCACAGACACAUUUGUGUUCCUAUUUCUAGAUAAAUACGGCCUGAGGAAACUUGAAGCUUUCUUUGGCUUUCUCAUCACCGUAAUGGCUCUUAGCUUCGGUUACGAGUAUGUGCUGGUAAAGCCAAACCAAGGGGAACUGCUGAAGGGGAUGUUCAUACCUUACUGUUCCGACUGCGGGCCUGUGCAGAUGGAGCAGGCAGUGGGAAUCGUAGGAGCUGUCAUCAUGCCCCACAACAUCUACUUGCACUCAGCGCUGGUCAAGUCUCGGGAAAUCGAUCGCAGAAAUAAGAAGGAAGUAAAGGAAGCCAACAAGUACUUCUUCAUCGAGUCAACUAUCGCUCUCUUCAUCUCCUUCCUCAUCAACGUCUUUGUCGUAGCGGUCUUUGCUCAGGCCUUCUACAAUAAAACCAAUAUGGAAGUGAAUGCAUUGUGCAAUGCAACUGGCAGCCCUCACACAGAUCUCUUCCCUCUCAACAACGGCACACUGGAGGUGGACAUCUACAAAGGGGGAGUGGUCCUGGGCUGUUUCUUUGGCCCUGCAGCCCUCUACAUCUGGGCAAUAGGGAUCCUGGCAGCAGGACAGAGUUCCACCAUGACAGGCACUUACUCUGGGCAGUUUGUUAUGGAGGGUUUCCUGAACCUACGGUGGUCCCGUUUUGCACGGGUGCUGCUGACCCGCUCUAUCGCCAUCACGCCUACACUGCUCGUAGCCAUUUUUCAGGAUGUUCAGCAUCUGACGGGGAUGAACGACUUCCUCAACGUGCUUCAAAGCAUGCAGCUUCCAUUCGCUUUGAUCCCAAUUCUGACCUUCACCAGUCUGACAUCCAUAAUGAACGACUUUGCAAAUGGAUUGGUGUGGAAGAUUUCCGGAGGCAUCGUAAUCCUGGUGGUUUGUGCAAUCAACAUGUACUUUGUGGUGAUUUACGUGACAUCGCUGAACAGCGUGCUGCUCUACGUUCUCGCUGCUCUGCUCUCUGUAGCCUAUCUGUGCUUUGUAGGCUACCUGGCAUGGCACUGUUUGGUUGCGUUGGGGGUUUCCUGUCUGGACUUUGGCAGCAGGAUGGGACUUUCACAGCACACAGACAUGUACUUAAUGAAUGACAUGGACACUGGUUCUCUCUCUGGUUGAGAGAUAGGACACAUUGUGAGUGGAUGUUGGACUGUGGCAGUGAUGACCUGACUGAAGCUCGGCCAGUAUGUUCGUCUUCAUCUCUCUGUGCCUCGGUUCAAAGUGUCCUUACAGUAUGCGGUGUAGUACACCCACAGAUGUCUAAUCCUGUUUAAAACAAUGAUGGAUGUUUUUCCAUCACAAACGUCUCAGCAACCUCAGCUAAAUAAUGUUUAUGCAAAUAAUGGUUAAAUAUGUGGGACAUAGCUGAAAGAUUUAAGUUCCUGUGACUAUGACAAAGUAAACUAUAUCAAGUUUUUGACAAAACAAUCUCAUCUUAAGGUCCAAUAUAUCAUGUUUGUUCCCGUUGGCUUCUCCAAAUCACUCACUAAAAGGUGGGGUAUGCAAUUCUAAUCCAAUACACGUCUUUUUUGACAAAUUCAGCGUAUAUCUCCUUACGGUUCGCUAGCUGACCAUUCAGUGUGUGUGGGCUGAAAUAAAAUCUGGUGUUUGUAUACAGCCCUGGCUCUGUAAAUGCACACAACACUAUUCCAGCAAUUCCAGCCAUGAUUUGUGUGUCAGGUAACGUUAAAUGACCACGGACAUUCAGCUUACUUUCUCGUUUGCCAAGAUAUGCUGCUGUUGUGAUGUUAGCUAUAGUAGCAGGAGAGUUGUGAGCGUCGCUGUCUGGAGCUGGUUUGCUGGCUCUGGGAAACCAUCCCGUCCUCUCUAGCUGUUAGCUUAGCAGCAGCAACUGUAGGGACAGUCUGCUAACUCACAACCUAGCUAACGUUAGUUACAUUACUUGCUGCAUCGUUGUUCACUCUGUAUCAUGGUGUUUGUCAUGGUAUUGGAUUUACCCCACACCCUUCCUUUAACACUUAUAACACUUAAAAAAUAUACAAGGUGUUUCUGUGUGACUAGUCACACUUUUUCCUGUGUUUUAUAAUAUAUAGAAGAGUGACAGUUUUAUGUCAUUUCAUGUAAUGCAGUCUAUUUUAGAUUCUGGGGAUUUCUGUUCUUGGGGAUAAGGUCUGUACAUCCUUUCUGUUUCCAUGUCUUUUGAAGACCAAAACUUUCUGCUAAUUGUAAAGUAUUAAAGCCACCAUGUGUAGGAUUAUUUCAGUGGCCCAUACAUGUGUAUGUUUUUCAGCACUUGUAUACAUUCCUAUUUAAUUAAUUUAUGAAUUUUAGGUCAUAUAUUUGCAGUAGAGCUUUAAUAUGAGUGAUCAGUGCUGAAUGCAGUACUUGGAGUGUGAUAAACUCAGUGUUUCCAAACUGUCACAGGCAUCUUAUUAAAUUAAUUAAAUUUCCCUCUCAGCUAAGAUUAUUUCAGUUUGUUUUAAGAUUUGUUUAUUUAUUUGUAGUUUAUAUUUUAUAUGUUACUUUGGCUUGUAUGUAAUUUUAGUGGAUGUUUAGUUUGGUUUAAAAUGUUUUUUAUUUUGUUUGGCUUCAGCUCUUUGGAAAGUUAUAGUAAUAGUUAUAGUUUUUUCUGUUUUUGUUUUUUUUUGAUGAAGCCAAAUUUGUGCAGAGGUGUGAUGUGCCCAAAAGUGCACUGUUACAGAACAAUACAGCAUUUAAUCUCUGAAAUGAAUAUAGAGGAAAAAGUUGGCAAUUGUCAUUGUGGUGCAAACAGGUGAGGUACAGUAAGCGGUAAAAAUAUGAGAUGUGAGGUGUUGUAUCAUAGCAGCAUGGGACAUGUUAGCUUUGCAACAGAGUGCUAAUAUGACAAAUUGUGACAGGGUGAUACUUGAACAUGUCUUCUUAUGCACUUCAUUAACUUGAUUAGUGUAGCACCUUUCAAAAACAGUGUGUUUUAAAGGAAAUUAAACAAUUAAAAAGAGAACAGAGAAGACGCUAGACAAGAGGACAGAAAAUUAUAUGAAAUAUCACCAUAUAACAAUAGGAUCCAUCAUAAAAACACACUGGAGGUAUGAUUGUGCACUGCUGGUUUGGGCUGAUAAAUAAACCAAACAUUUUCCUUGACCAAAUAUUGAAUUGCACUUGUAUGUUAUGAUUACUGUGUAGAUGACUAAGUGCCUCCUGUGUUCACCACUGUGCCUAUUCACUGUUCAGUCAAAAACAAUUACAAACUAAUACAAGAAACUCACAUUGUUGUAGGUGGAACAACACCACUGUAGUACAUCAUUGUAAGAAUAUGUGCUGUAGGGAUGAGGUAUAGAGGGGCUGACGGUAGCAUUUUAUUAAGUCUAAUAUAUUUUCAAAUUUGUUUUCUUUUGUCCAUUGUGUUAUGCAUUUGUCAUCAUACUUUCUGGAAGACUAAUAUUUUUCUCAGGAAAUGUAUAUGUCGUUUCCCCCCCCCAUUUUUACAACUGAAAUGACAUGCCAAAUAAAAAACAAAUAUUUGUGCAAAAGACCUUUUUAGUAAUUGCACUCCUGCAAAAAACACUUAAAAAAUAAACAAACCAGCACUUGAUUACAAAAGAAAUGGGCCAAGGUGUAAAAGAAAGUUGACAUUGUAAGCUGUAUGAUAAAAUAUUUUUACAUUUUGGAGGACCAUUGAUGGGAUCACAGCAGAAAAGGAACGCUUAGCAGUUAGCAAAUGAUUUUGGGUGGAUUCAACAUUCACUGAGCAUAUCUCACUGCAGCCCAUAUGCAUUUGGUUGAAGACUUUAAGUCAGGCGUACAUCUCCAUAUGACCUUCUGGCUGUGUUAUAAACCUGCAUGUAGUGACAUCAAUUAAAAACAUGUUAAUGACCUCAGUUAUACCAUGUUGUUAUUGAUUACUGCAUCAUUUGUUGCAUCUUAAAGUAUUAUAAAGUGUCUGAAUUUGGGAACACCUGUUGGGAUUGUCAGAGACCAACUGUACUGUAUUGUAAAUUAGAUUGAAUGUUAUUUCUGAUUCGAUGAAAUUGUACAGUAUGACAGUAUUGAGACCCUAAAAGGGUGGUUGUCUGAUCUGUCUUUUUGUCACCAGAACUGUUGUUUUAAAUGAUCUGCCAUAUGUUAUAUUUUUGAAUUGUUUUUUCUUGUUGAAUAAAAAAAGUUAAAAUAC